GCUCAACGUAACCGGAUGUUGUCGAACGUUCUGUUGCGUUCACUGAGAUUUGCCGCUAUCACGUUUCUAGUACUCUCGACGUCUAGAACUUUCCUGUCAUAAACACAGUCCACAUCUGCUGGCAAAACCCAUGGCAGCCGAACGCAGCUUCUCCGAUAGCUUCAUUGACGAAGAUCCACAGAAAGCUCUAGAGGCUCUUAAUGAGGCCCUGCAAGAAGGUUGUGACAACGUUGAGUGGUUGUGUCAGCGUGCCUAUGCCCAGAUACUUCUGAAAAACUACAGCAAUGCCGUUGAUGAUGCGAAGAAAGCCCAGCAGCUAAAUCCCAGCCUACCUUUAGCCUUCAUGCGAACAGGAAUUGCAGAGUACCACCUGAAAAACUACGAGUCAGCACAUGCUGCUUUCGCUCAGGGACAGCAGCUGGAUGAUUCUGACAAAUUGUUUGAGGUCUGGAUAAAGCGCUGUGAAGAGAUGAUGGGGUCUCAGACACAAAACAGCAGCGUUACCUCGCAGACACCAGCUGCUCCACCUAUGAAGCAUGACUGGUACCAAACAGAAUCACAAGUCAUCGUCACGGUCAUGGCCAAAAACGUUCCCAAGGACGGCGUGUGUGUCAACUUCACGGAAAGAGAGCUUUCUGCAAAGAUACAAAUGGCUUCAGGUGAAGACUGCAACCUCCACUUUCACCUUCUGCAUCCCAUCGUCCCACAGCAGAGCAGCUUCAAGAUCCUCACCACCAAGGUGGAAAUCAAGAUGAAAAAGACAGAUGCCAUCAGAUGGGAGAAGCUGGAGGGAGAAGGACAGGAGUCCAACAUCAAACACUUCAAUCCAAAUCAGUAUCCCACAUCUUCCCACUACACCUGUAAGUGGGACAAGAUGGCGCUGGACAUAAGUGAGGAGGAGAAGAACGAGAAACUGGAGGGAGACGCGGCGCUCAACAAGCUCUUCCAGCAGAUCUACUCUGACGGCACAGACGACAUCAGACGGGCCAUGAACAAGUCCUUUAUGGAGUCUGGUGGAACAGUGCUAAGCACCAACUGGGGCGAUGUAGGCAUGAGGAAGGUGGAUAUGAAGCCACCAGAUGACGUGGAGUUCAAGAAGUACUGAACAUCUCUCUCGGUCCUUCAUUCCAGCCUUUUUUUUAUUUUUAUUUUAUAUCGUCUGUCUUCACAUUUACUCACGUGAGCUCCUUUGGGAUUCCUCGCAGCUUGGCAGUCUGCACAGCUGCCUACUUCGCCUCUUUCCUCCAGGAAGUCUGGCAUUCCCCUUUCACUCCACCAAAACAAUAAGGGCCUACUUACCACAGAAACGUAUCACUGGAUCGGGAUUGGGCGGGGGGGGGGUGAAUAAUCUGUUGAAUGGAUUGAUUAGCUUUGUUUGGGUUUUUUUAAAGGCUGAUGGACUCAAAAAGGGAAACAAUUGUGUUCGGUAGACCUGAAAUACAUCGAUUCAGCCUUCAGAUGUGUUUUCUCAAAACAACCACAGCCUUUCUGUUUGGAAGCCUUUUUUACAGUUUGCCACAUCCAGCACUGUGUAAAAAUGUACACUUGGUUAGGAUAUGAACCAGCUCUAAAUGAAUCUGUUUCUUCUGUAAGGGGUCUGCACCAGUGUUUCUGCACCAGUGCUCGGCUUCUUGACUCGUCUGUCGAUGGCUCAGCACCUGUCGUUCCCUCAGUGUGACUCAAGCUUCAUUGUAAAUAAACCAUUUCUUGUUUUGGUUGUAA